GUGCCACGCGCCCGCGCCGCGCCCACGUGGUGGACGCGCUCAAACAUACAGCAAAUUAAAGGGGGAAAUUAACUGUUGCAUGACCUCAGAAAACAACAUGGACGCAUCGCAAAUGUACCCGCGAGAAAUUGAAUGCGAAGAUGGAACUUGUCUGACGAUCCAACAGAGCUAUGUUGGAGAUGUCGGCUGCGUGGUUUGGGAUGCUGCAUUAGUACUUUCCAAAUAUCUUGAAACAAAAGGAUUCGAUCGUCGAUUUGGUGAGCUAAAGAAGAGAAGAUUGCUGGAGAUAGGAGCGGGAACAGGAGCAACGGGACUCGUCGCGUGUAAAUUUGGGUCUGAUGUGACCUUGACUGACCUUGAAGAGUUUGUACCUCUCAUGGAACUGAACAUCAAAACCAACCUGAGUGCACUCACUGGUACGGCCACAGCUAAAAUACUGAAAUGGGGUGAGGACAUCGGAGAGUUCAACCCUUUACCAGACCUGGUUCUCAUGUCUGACUGUGUCUACUAUCCAGAGGCUGUGCAACCACUGGUAAAGACACUCUGUGAUCUUUCUAAAGAUGGGGCGGACAUUCUCGGCUGCUAUGAAGAGAGAACCAUCGGACAGAAUGCUGAAGCUCAUCAAUUAUUUGAUAAGCUGAUGGAACCACAUUUUUCUGUGGAGGAAAUACCCAGAGAAGAUCUCGAUCCAGUCUACAACAGCGAUGAGAUCCAUGUGAUGUGGUAUAGAAGAAAAGAUGGACCAACACAGGACCAGCCCAGCUGAUACCAACAAGAAGACCUGGAUCAAUGGUUGAUGACACAAAAGGAAAGAUGGAUCAGUUGAGACUGGACCUAGCUGACCUACCUAGGAAGGACCUGGACUUAAAGUCUAUAACAGUGACGAGAUCCAUGUGAUGUGGUACAGAAGAAGAGAUAGCUGAUAGGACCAGGAUCUACUAGUGUGCAAUAGCAAUGAGAUCCAUAUGUGAUAUGAUGCAGCCGGAAAGAUAGACUGACAUGGAACCAACUGAGCUUAUACCAACCAAUGACCUGGAUCUAAUCUAGGAGGGUGAUGAGAUACUUGUGAUGUAGUUAAGAAAGAGAGAUAAGUACAUGUAAAAUAUUUCAGGAAGUAUCUGCAGUCUUGAGAUGUUUUGCAUAUUUUAUAAAUGUGUCCUAUAAAGAUGAUGGUGUCAUUGUCAAAUGGUGGUAGAAUACACAUGUAUAUCCACAAUCAGUUGUAUUUUUUUUUCAAUUUAACUCAGAGAGAUCAUUCAGUAGUCAAACUAAUAGCAUAAUUCUCAUCAAAUCAUCACCAUCAUCUCUUUCAACACCUGCAUUUGCAUCCUCAUCCCCACCAUCACCACUAUCGUCAUCAUCAUCAUCAUCAUCAUCACCACCAUCGUCAUCAUCCCCACCAAGACACCAUCAAAAUCAUUUUAUCACAAUCAUAAUUAUCAUCAUUAUUAUCAUGAUCAUCUUCAGCAUGAUUACCAUCAUCUGUAUCAUCAUCCCGCAAACAAUACUAUAUUGCCUUCACUCUGUCUCCACUUCUUUCCUCAUCGAAUUCAUAAUCAUCUUUAUUAUCAUCAUCCUCAACAAUCAUUACAUUUUACUAAUUAGCCUUUUACAAAUGACAACCUCAUGAUCAUUGAGACAUGAGCCAUAUAUUUGGUAAUAUUUUUAGAUAAAUAUUUCAUGCAAGAGGUUCAUAUUCUCCUCCGUUGCCAGUUAAACUCUCUUCGUAUGGAGCUAAUUGUAAUUGUUUUUUUUUUUACUUUGUUCUUCCAUUUCCACUCACUAAGAACACUCUAGUUUUCCAAGAAAUUCAGUUACAGGAAAUAUUAUUUCAGAUCUACUUCAAUAAUCAUUUUUAAAUCCAUCCUGUCUUCUCUUUUCUGUAAUUGAUGUUGGAUUGCAGUCAGUGUCCUCUUGAGAUUUCGCUUCUCGCCUCUCUUACGAGACUUAGGCCUUGCCUUCCCCUUCGUAUUGUGGUGUCUUCAUUCUUCAAUCUCGACCUCUUUGUCGGGAUUGUUCUCAUUCCCAGCUGGGGAAUUUGGUUCUUUAUAUCUGUCAGGAUAUUCGUUAGAGGACAUCUUCUUAAUUAUGUCUGAGCGGUUAAAGGAAUAAGGUGUUAUCUUUUAUUUGAGAAGAGACGGAGAAAGCUACAAUUACUUAUUUAUGUUUGUUUCGUUGAAAUAUACGACUAUGACGGAGGUGUACCAGUUAAGAAAGACAAAGUGUUUCAAGACGAAAGAAAAAU